AAUUGUCACUGUUCGAUCGGCUUUCUUGGAGGAAAGAUGUUAGAAGCAAUAAGAAUUGGUUUAUUUAAUUAAUGAAAAAUAUUUUAUUUGAAGCUUAAUUUCUUAUCAAAAAUGACGAUUAUAGUAUUUUUAAUUGAUACUUCAGCAUCGAUGUUUCAAAGGACCUAUAUAGGAGGUAGAAACACUAUUUUAGACGUUGCCAAAUCAGCUGUUGAAACUUUUGUAAAAAUUAGACAGAGAAAUAUGGAUAGUAGAAAUGAUAGAUAUAUGCUUCUUACAUUUGAAGAAUAUCCGAAUAAUAUCAAAGCGGGAUGGAAAGAAAAUUUGGCAACAUUCAUGAACGAAUUGAAGAAUCUACAAUCUUGUUCUAUGACUACGAUGGGUAUGGCUGUGAAACAAGCUUUCGAUAUUUUAAAUAUAAAUAGAAUGACUUCUGGUAUUGAUACCUAUGGUCAAGGGAGAUGUCCUUUUUUUCUAGAAACUGCCAUUAUUGUUUUAAUAACAGAUGGUGGGAAAUUAACUAAUGCUACUGGAGUUCACGAGGAUUUCUCCCUACCAAUGCAUUUACCAAUACCUGGUUGUGAACUAACUCGAGAGCCGUUCCGUUGGGACCAGAGAUUAUUCGCUUUAGUCUUGAGACUUUCGGGGACUCCCGCAAUCGACAGGGAUAUUGGUUUAGUCCCAAGUGACAACAAUCCUAUCGAUAUGAUGUGUGAUGUUACAGGGGGAAGAUCAUACUGCAUUACAUCACAUAGAAUGUUGAAUCAAUGUAUCGAUAGUUUGGUGCAGAAGGUUCAAAAUGGAGUGGUUAUUCAUUUUGAAAAAGUUGGGCCUGAUCCACCACCUCCCAUUUUCGAUAAAAAUGAAGACGGAAAAGAUGAGGGAGGAAUGACGAAAGAAGAAUGGUUGGAAACAAUGCAGAAUCCCCCAAAUACAUCCUGGCGCAAUUGUAGAAAAAUGAUCUAUGUGCCUAAGCCUAUGCCCAAAACUUUUUUUAUGGGUUUUUGGCCUAUUCCCGAGUCUUUUUGGCCUGAAUUAACUACCUCCGUAUUACCAGGAAGAUUAGCUCAUCCGAAUGUGCGGUUCACAUGUACCAGUCAAGAACCUCUUGUUAUCGAGAACCUACCGUUUGACAAAUAUGAAUUGGAACCUUCCCCUUUAACACAAUACAUUUUGUCCCGGAAACAACCCAAAACUUGUUGGCAGGUUUUUGUGGCAAAUAGUUACAAGAAUUCUGAAGUUGGCCAUCCUUUUGGUUAUCUGAAAGCAAGUACAAAUUUGACAUGUGUUAAUUUAUUUGUAAUGCCUUAUAAUUAUCCCGUCCUGCUACCGCUACUCGACGAGCUAUCAAAGAUUCACAGAUGGAAACCAACCCAGGAGUGGAGAAAUCAAUUUCAGAACUAUAUGAGAACAUUACCCGCUUAUUAUGCAGCACCAUUGAGGAAAGCCCUAACCAGAAUGGGCACACCCAUGCAGCUUGCGCAGACCCUGAUACCGGAGAAUACAGAAGCACUUAGUUACACAGUUUCCAAUUACCUCAAAAGGAUAAAAAACCACGCAAAAUCAGAAUAUGAUAAAAUGUGCAACGAUGUAGCACAAAGGCAAAACAAUGCGAAUAAUCAUAAAAACAAUUACAAUGUCCCAGAGAAAGUACAAGUAAAGGUGGUUUUGAAAAAGGACCUGAUAAGUCAUCCGCUAAUUGCUGAUAAAUUCACUGCUCAAAGAGAUCAAUUAUUGCCCCAAGGGAGCCCUAUUAAUCUUUCUAUAUCGGUGCUGGAUAAAAAAAGACAAAGUAUAAGUUUCAAGAAUUCUUUCGAAAUACCUAGAAAUAGGUUAGUUUACCAAGUUGUUCGGAUGAGAAAUAACUUCUUGCAACCCGACUGGAUAUCACACGAUCUUGACAGUGCCCACUCUUUACCAAUAUCGCAAAUGGGUAACUAUCAGGAACAUCUGAAGAGGCAAACGCCUCAACUUAGAGAGAUCGAAAGCACACCAGUUAGACAGCAUAUGUUCGGCAAUCCAUUCAAGAUUGAUAAGAGAAUGAUGGUAGAUGAAGCUGAUAUUGAUCUGGUGGGCUCACCAGGAACUAACAGAAACAACAAACGCCCCAUUUCUAGUAUUGAUACUAAUAACAGGGCCUCCAAGAGAAAACCAGGACCGUUACCGAAACAGUUUAAAUUUCGAAGACCCAGCGAGACUUUGAGCUCAGCACCUUCAACUCCGGAGCGUUGUCCAUCACCAUCUCCAUGGUUGAACUCGAUUGAAAGGGACAUCCCAAGUUUUGACGAGCCGCCAAAAAUAAUCGAGAACGGUUUAGAUUGUCCCUUGAGUCCAUCGUCGAGUGAGAGGUCGCGAUCGCCGUCUCCACCGUUAGAAGUGCCGAAUCACAGUGUACCAAGCGCAAGCGAAAAUCACGUAUUGUCAAGGACUAAUCCCGUUCAGUAUAACUGUUCGCCGAUAGUCGAAGUGAACACGAACUCGUCGAAUAGUUUAACUUAUUCCAAUUCGUCAUUGCCAAACUACAAUAGCGACGAUAAAAUAUCACAAAUUUUGAAAGAAGUUAAUAGUUUACCAUCCGUUGCCUUGAACCAUAAUAAUCACGAACCUCCUGUCUCGGAACAAAAAAUAUUGGUACAAUCCGAAGAAGAAAUGGAGGAUAUUAAAGCACAAAACUUCCAGAUAAGAAAAGCACUGAAUAAAUUAGUGAGACGGCCAGGAAAGAAUUUCUCGGAAUUGUUUGACACAAUAAGAACACUAAAGGGUAAUGUGGAUAUACAAGUUAGUGUUGUUAAGUUGAUAAUUAAAGAAUCGUUGAGAUUCAAAAGACAGUAUCUGGCUUCUUUGCUGGAAGACCAUAUAAAUACUCUGAAGGGUAUAGAAAACAAGCAAUGAGUUAAGGAAUACAAUUUUUCUAAUUUUAUACUUUGAUACAAGACAGAAAUGCAGCAUCCUCCAGCUCAAUUAAUUAUAUCAAAUUUUACAGUUGGUUUUUGAUUGUUUGUUGUUAUCAACUUUAAAAAUUUCGAAUUUCACUUUGAAACAUUGUACAUAUUUUCCCAAAGGAGUGCCUUAACUGGCUGAAAUUCGAUAAUUUUGUGUUGCAAUAACUUCACCUGACAAUUUUGUAAAUAUAUAAAAAUAAUUAAAUUUGUUAUUUUUUUCUUUCGAAUUGAGUUUUGUAAAUUAAAGAUGUUUUUAGAUGUUAAUUUUAUAAAUAAAUUAUUUAUUCUACAUUAAA